CGCAAAAUGGCCCUUUCCUCCACAAGCUCUCCUGUGCUUCUAUUCCGGCUACUCAAUGAACCAAGCCAUCAACCAAGAGUUCAUGCUUCAUGCUUCAUGCUAGGUCGUAGCCCAAAUUGCCUCAAUGGUCGGAAUCGCCAGAGCUCGUGGCUGUGGCACUUGUCGAAAACGAAAGAUAGCGUGUGGCCUUGAGCAACCGUCUUGUGCCCAAUGCAUCAAAUCAAAGCGGGUGUGUACUGGCUAUCGUCGAUAUCCAAUAUUCAUCUCCCAUCAAAUCCCUCAAAAUGCAGAUUCGAAGAUUGCAGCCUUGGGGGAGCCAGCCAAGAUGGAAAGGAAGAAAGAUGGUCCAGCAACUCCUUCUGUAGCACGUAAGACUGGCCCUCCCUGGGAUGUGGGCUCUUUUCAUCAAGCAGCAUCCUUAUGUCCCCCUGGCCGGCAUGUCAACGCCACUCCCGCUAUAAGGCAGCAACUACUGCAGGAGUUUUUGCACCAUCACCUUCCGAACGAGGAGAUUGGUAUGCCACGGCGGCGAAUAUGGCUGCUACGUCUGCCUGAACUACCUCACAUGAUUCCUGCAUUGGAGAUGUCCGCCAUGGCGUUAUGUCUUGCCAAAUUAGGCGAAGUACACUGCGAUCAGGCAUUGAUACACGAGAGCCUGAAACUAUACAAUCAUGGACUACGCCAGCUCCAAACAGCAUUGUGGGAUCCGCGCCUUAUGUUCGACGACCAAACCCUUGCUGCGUGUAUCACGUUGGCCGGCUAUGAGUUGAGUCAAUGUCCCAAUAAUUCCAAAGAAGCUUAUAUCAGCCAUACGGUCGGCUGCCAAACACUUGUCAAACUUCGAGGUCCAGAGGCACAUGCUCAUGGCUUGGCACAUCAGAUCUUUGUACACUUCCGUGCUCAAGGGAUCCUUUAUGCACUAGACAAAAGAGAGCCUACGUUUCUGUCGGAGCCUGUUUGGCGAGAAGUGCCCUGGCGAUAUGAGACGAAGACUUUCUUCGACAAGGUCUACGAUCUUUUAGCAUUUGCACCGGAAUUUCUUUCCCAAGCACGACUGUUUGACGAUUUGGAUAUUGAUGGAAAACUAGAGCUGGCACUAAUCAUGAUACCAAAGUGCUGGGAUAUAGACCAAGAACUGUCGGCCUUAUGGGCAAGUAUGGAGAAGAGUCAACUGGGGCCCCUUUUCUGGCCCGAAUUGGCAAAAACGCGUCCGGAUCGGGAUGAUUCAGAAGAAGGAAUGGUCUUUCCAGUAGCAUUCCACUUCCCGAACCUAUCUGUUGCAAACAGUGCGCUUAUAAUCUGGGCCGUGCAGACGAUCCUAUGGCACGGUUUGAAAGAACUGUACAGAUUGAUGAGCGAGCUGAAGAUGGCCUUUGCGACGCUUGAUCGGGUUGAGGAGGAAGUCGAUCCAAACUCGGAGAUGGGGAAGCUUCGACAGGUGACGAAAUGUUCGGGCGAUGUGUUCAACCUCCCACCACUCGAGCACCGUGCAGAUUUUGCCGUUGCUGCCCGGAGUAUUUUCCAAGCUGUUGAGUUUUGUAUGAAGGACGACAUGGUGGAUCAGGGACCGAAGAUGCUUGCUGCGCCAUUGAAGAUCGCCACCGAAACUCUGAGGCAGUAUCCUUCAUUCAAGCGCGAGGUAGCAUUCGGAGACGACGCCAUGGAGAAGGUACAGCAGCGAUCGCUAAGGUUGCUGAUGUUCUACACCGGCACCCAAACAUGAGUUGGAAGCAAUCGGAAAUCGUACCGGUGUUCUACUUAGCGAUUCACCAGCCUGCAUUGAAAAUUUGAGUCUCGAUCUGUGAAGAACAAACAAUGCCUCACUUUCUAUCAUGA